AUGUCACACUUUUCCACAACCCAAUAUGACAGCUUUUCAGGCGCCUACGACAGCGUCAACGACCUGCCGAUCACCCGCGCAAUUGUGCCGAACGUGGAACGGCUGGUGGGACCGCACAUCCAAGGAGCGCGGGUCCUGGAACUGGCGUGCGGAACGGGGUUCUUCACGCGCCACCUGCUCGACUGGGGCGCGUCGAGUAUUGUCGGCGUGGACGUGUCGCAGGCCAUGAUCACUGGCGCGCAGUCAGAACUGCAACACCAAAGCCGGCAUCAAGGCAAGUACAGGUUCAUGGUGGCCGACUGUGCGACUCCCUUCACCGUCACGAGCGAAGACGGGGCCACCUCGCUGGAAGGGCAGUUCGACCUCGUCUUCGCGGCGUGGCUGUUAAACUACGCGCCCGACCUGCCGACCAUGACGGAGAUGUUCAAGAACAUCGCCAGACACUUGGCCCCUGGUGGGAGGUUUGUCACGGUGCUGCCCCACCCGGAGGAGGAUCCGAAAAUCUGUAUCGACCAUGUCAAUGCGCAGUACGAGCAGGGGUACGGGUAUCGCGUCGAGCUGCGCGAGGAACUCCCCGGUGCGUACAAGGGCUAUUUGGUCGAGCUGAAGUUCGACACGGACCCGCCGGUCGAGUUUGGGAACUACUACCUCUCGAUGCGCGUGCACGAGCAGGCUGCCCGGGACGGUGGGUUGGAGGGGAAGUUGACGUGGGAGGAGAUCACCGUGCCUGAGGAUCAGGAGGUGUUGAAUGGGUAUAUGAAGGAGCCGAUCCCGAAGGGGUAUCUCGAUGAGUGGCUGAAGUACCCGGACUUUGGGAUUCUCGCUGUUGAGAAGGAAUGA